AUGGCGGCAAUGGCGGAUGAAGAAGUCUUUAAUGUUGAAAAUGACCUGCCAUUGUUUUUAGAGUCCGUUUUAGACAACGUAGAAUCUAUUUUUCAAAGUGAUGUUGACCUAGAAGUCGCCGAAUCCCAUGCUGAAGUUAUUGAUCAAAGUAUUCGUUUGAUUAGAUCAAUAAGUGAGGGCGCCGAUGUCGAGACUCAAGACAAGAUGAAUCUGAAUACACUUGCCACCGUUUUUACUGAUGUACUAUCGCUGUUACACCAUCGAAAUGCCAUAAGAUCUCCAACUACGGUUUAUGAGAACAAAACUGAGGUAGCAACUGAGGCAAAUGGUUGUCCUGGAAGACCGCGUUUUGUUAUCCGUGCUGAAAUGCUUGAAGAGCUUCGAGAACUUGGAUUUAGUUGGACUAAGAUAGGAGAAAUUUUGGGGGUGUCUAGGUGGACAAUUCAUAGACGGGUAGCAGAGUAUGGUUUGGAAAAUAUGACUGGAUUUCAUCACUUGCCUGACGAAGAACUUGAUGAAAAAGUCAAAGAAUUUAUUUUAAAUCAUGGCUGCACAACUGGACAGUGUUAUGUCGAAGGUUACCUGAAGUCAGUUGGCUUAAGAAUUCAAAGAAAAAGAAUAAGAGAAAGUAUGGCAAGAGUUGACCCACACAACACUGCAUUCCGUUGGGGUAUUGUUAUUUCUCGCAGGCAAUAUCAAGUUUCUUGGCCAAAUUCCCUAUGGCACCUGGAUGGCCAUCAUUCUUUGAUUAGAUGGAAGAUGGUUAUUCACGGUUGCAUAGAUGGUUAUUCCAGACGAAUAAUGUUUUUAAGAUGUAGUGCAAACAAUCUUGCAGAAACUGUUCUUGAACUGUUUUUGGAUGCCGUAAAAAUGGAUGGGAACUUAUGGCCCUCACGCAUCAGGGUUGACAAGGGUGUUGAAAAUGUGCUAGUAUGCGAUGCCAUGAUACAAGCUAGGGGAGAAGGAAGAGGAAGCUUCAUUGCUGGACCUUCAACUCACAACCAGCGCAUCGAACGACUGUGGAGGGAUGUUUUUCGAUGUGUAUGCCAUCUUUACUAUUAUAUCUUCUAUGCUAUGGAGUCUACUGGUAUCCUUGACGCAAAUAAUCCUGUUCAUCUUUUCACGCUGCACUUAAUUUUUAUUCCCAGGAUCAACAAGGCCCUUGAUGAGUUUAGAGAAGCAUUCAACCACCACAAGGUACGCACAGAAAGAAACUGUUCCCCAAACCAAAUGUGGAUAAAUGGAAUGUUUCAUCCUGAUAAUCCACUGGCACAUGCAGAGCUAGAUGAAGAGCCAUAUGAUUUGGAAAUGUAUGGACAUGACCCCCAUGGACCAUCUUCAGUUGGAAGUGACAACAAUGUAAUUGUUGAAGCAGUCCACCUGCCGCAUGAUAACUUGCUAACAUCAUUUAUUCUUGAAACAAUCGAUCCGUUGCAACAAUCUCAUGAAAUGGGGGUAGACAUUUAUACUGAAGCCUUAGAACUGGUAGUACUAAAGAUUGAUGAAAUAACAAACUCUUAUACAGAGUCAACUCUUAUACAUAUAUUUUGA